AGUUGACAGCAAUUGGCAACGAGAAACUCGGACCAAACAGCCAACAAUACUGUGAUUUCCUGGUCAAAAUAGUCGGAGUUUAACCCCGAUCACUGUUUUACAUAUGUAUUAGGAUCUCCGUGUUUUAAAGAAUACGUGGGUUGACUAUUUUAGCUGUCUGUGGUACUAUUUGAGGCGAAUUUUGCACUGGAACUCAUUCAGUUGAACUCUCUGUUUGCCUUCUAACGAGGUGGAAUCUGUAAAAGACACCCUGAUCUUGCCUACGAUGUAAGCGUUAGAUCGCACGAAAACGACCUGAAAAAUUCUAAAACGUCGCGUAAUACAUUAUGAGUGGACGACCAAGGACCACGUCAUUCGCCGAGGGCAAUAAAUCGUCGUCAUCGUCCUAUGGUGGUAUGAAAAUUUCACGUGAUAAAGACGGUAGCAAAGUAACGACAGUCGUAGCAACUCCUGGCGCUGGACCUGAUCGGCCACAAGAAGUCUCGUAUACAGAUACUAAAGCUAUCGGCAAUGGUUCAUUUGGGGUAGUUUAUCAGGCAAAAUUAUGCGACACUGCUGAAUUAGUUGCUAUUAAGAAAGUAUUACAAGAUAAGCGAUUUAAAAAUCGAGAACUCCAGAUAAUGCGGAAAUUGGAUCACUGUAAUAUUGUUAGACUCCGAUUUUUCUUCUAUUCUAGCGGUGAAAAGAAAGAUGAAGUAUAUUUGAAUUUAGUUUUGGAUUAUGUUCCAGAGACUGUGUAUCGAGUAGCGCGGCAUUAUAGCAAAAAUAAACAGACUAUACCAAUACUAUAUGUCAAGUUAUACAUGUAUCAACUAUUUCGAAGUUUAGCUUAUAUCCACGCAUUAGGUAUAUGUCAUCGAGAUAUCAAACCUCAAAACCUCUUACUGGAUCCGGAAUCUGCGGUACUUAAGCUUUGUGAUUUUGGCAGUGCGAAGCAGUUAGUACGGGGUGAACCCAAUGUGUCUUAUAUUUGUUCACGGUACUACCGUGCUCCUGAACUCAUAUUUGGUGCUACUGACUACACAUCAAAUAUUGAUGUUUGGUCGGCAGGAUGCGUUUUAGCGGAAUUGUUGCUAGGUCAACCAAUUUUCCCUGGCGACAGCGGGGUAGACCAACUGGUUGAAAUAAUCAAAGUUCUGGGCACGCCAUCACGGGAACAAAUACGAGAAAUGAAUCCUAAUUAUCAAGAAUUUAAAUUUCCACAAAUUAAGCCUCAUCCCUGGCCCAAGGUAGGUGUUUUUCGUCCACGCACACCACCAGAAGCAAUUGCACUUUGUGGUAGACUGCUGGAGUACACACCGUCUGCCAGGAUUUCACCCAUGGAGGCUUGCGCACAUGCAUUUUUUGAUGAACUCCGAGAUCCUAAUACAAGAUUACCAAGUGGUCGAGAGUUACCGCCGCUGUUCAAUUUCACACAACAUGAGUUACAAAUUCAACCGUCGUUAAACGCUAUUCUUAUACCAGCACAUGGUCAACAUCAUGUACAGGGAUCGAUGCCCGCAGGUAGCACCAGUGAUGUACCGAAUGCUUCUUCGGGAGGAGAUGUUUCGUCAGCGGGUGCCACCGCUGCCCCAUCAGAAUCUUAAUUAACGUGAAAACUGAAUCAAAGAAAUUGACUUAACAUUGUUGUUGUUGUUGCCAUGGCAGGGAUUAUUGUAUAAAAAACUAAAAACGAUGAUGUUGCGCACAUGAACUGAGUAAUAUGUGCGAAUGAUAUACCGCGUGUUCUACGGACGCAAGAGUCGCCUCCCCUUUGUAGAUAUACGAAGACUCUCGUUUCCUGUGCUCAUGACUGAACUUGUGCUCGUGUUUUCAGGGGAUAAAUAGUAACAAUCUGUGAUGUAAUAUAAAUGUCUGAUUGUUUCCUGUUUCUUUACUCCCUUAAUCUGUUUGUCUGCCUAUUCUUUACUCCCCUUUCCAUUUCCACCCUUGCCAUGCAUUUUGAGUUUUGUACAUGUUGCUCCUGCUACUUCUGUCUGAUUUCACACUGUUAACGCAUUUUUUUUUUUUAAAAAGAAAAUACCAUGACCAUAAAAAACGUAUGGGUUCUGUAUUUUUGAGUAACAUUGUAUUUUAUUUUUGACUGCCUUUACGACAGGAAUUGUUUAUCAGGAUAUUAUUUUUGUGUUGUGGACGGACUGUGGACUUCUUCCGGGUUAUUUUAUUGUUCAGAAAUUGUAAUAUAAAACAUUCUAGCAAGAUGUAGCAAUAUUUUCCUGUGAUAUAUUAUUGAAAAUAUUUCUGAAGAAAAAUGAGAAUUCAUCAAAAAUAUUAAAUUCCCUGUAAAUGUUAGAAUAGUGUUUUCGUUUUCAAGACCAAAAAAGAAAUCCACAGCCCAUUAUUGACAAUAAGGCUGCAUGCAACCUUUCAGAUUUUGAAAAACUCAUUGCAGCUAUUACUGAGCCUCCGCACCUCUUUUUCCAACAAUGGAAUCAACCAUGUUUUCAUGAUCUUGAUCAAAAUACUUUAAGAUGGGGGUGGGCAGGUAUAAAUCGGAAGGGGGUAGAUGUAAUAGUUGUACAUUUUUCGUGAUAGAUUUUGGUAAUCUCAGAGUGUGGUUCAGGGAAUAUAGUCUGUAAUAUAUGAAUGAAAUGCCACUUUUUUUUUUUAAAUAAUUAUUUUCUUUAAUUUGUUUUUGGGGGGAGAAAUUCUGUUGCCAUUUCCCUGGGCCACUCUUAACUGAACUCCAAGCCAAACGUAACCAAUAUUUUAAAUGCAGAGUAAAUAAUUACCAAACCAACACACUGAUUACUGAUUUUUUAAUUGGAGAAAAGAAGUAACCAAUGACAUUUCAGUGUUUAAUGUUUUUAGAAUAUUCAUGGGUUUUUAAUAAUGACUCUUUUAAUUGACUGUAUGUACAGUAAGAAACUUCCCAGGGAAGCAGUUGACAGAAAUAGGUGGCUGUCUGUCGGCCAUAAACUUGCAAAAACUUAGGAGUAUUUACUUCUUCGUGGUAGUCCUUACUUUUACAUGGAUUCGUCGUAGACAAAUAUUUUUUUUCUGUCAGUUUUAUGUUCUAAGGAAGUACAUAAGUGCAUUAAAUAAUUGUAACUAUGUAUCAAUCACAAA